AUGGUGUCGGAACCAAGCAUAACACCGAAGCUGUCGCUGUUCUCGCUUCCUUCCCAGCCGCCGGAGUCGCCGGGGAUGCUAACUCCGCCGCUCCAAACCUCCGCCUCGGUUCCAUUCCAGUGGGAGGAAGCUCCAGGAAAGCCGAGGAACUGCGGUGGCAGCGCAGAAUCCAAACCCAAGUGCGCCAGAUCCUUGGAGCUGCCUCCGAGGUUGCUGACGGAGGCGGCCAAAACUACCAACAUGACCUCCCCGACCACCAUGUUGGACGAGCCUGACGUUGGGCGGACUAUGUCGUUUUCGUUCAGAGUUAGGAGCCCUGAUGCUUUUGGGAUCAGUAAGAGGUUGAGCAAGGAGAGUUGUAGUAGGGGCGCCAGCGGUUUUGGGUCUAUGAGGUGGGGGAGUUUUAGGAAGAGCAAGGAGGUUGUUGACCAUGGCGGCUUUGACUUUUUGCCUCCGGCUAGUGGCGGCGGUGGCGGUGGUGAAACGAAGGUGAAUAUCACAAGAGUUGGGAGGAGAGCCGGUUUCUUGAAUGAUUCCAACACAAGGUCACGUAUGUGGUUACAAAUAUAG